AUGGGAGAUGAGAACUCCAUCCAAACGGUGACACUCUCCGCGGACAGGGCCCUCGUCGCGACCUUCGGAAAUGGAAAGUCAAUCAGAUUCGAGGACUGUUGGCUUAGAGACCACUGCAGAUGUUCAUCUUGCUACCAUGCUAGUACCUUCCAGAGAGCUCACCACAUUCUGGCCAUCCCUGACGUUACUAUCAGUAGCUACGAAUUCGAUAAGAAGAAAAUUGAUAUUGAAUGGAGUGACGACCACAAAUCGACAUACACAGCUGAAUUCCUUUCACAAUUUGAUUACAACACUUGGAAGGAAAGUCGGAAACUAAAACCUAUUUUAUGGAAAGGAGCCAGUAUAGAAAGUAAAAUCGCAACAAUACCUGUGAAUGAUUUUUUAACAACCAAAGAUGGCACUACGCGCGUAUUCCAGUCACUGCUUGAUUAUGGCGUAGCUUUAAUAACAGGGGUUGAAGCUACAUCAGAGGCGACUGAAGAGGUUUGCAAGGCUCUGGGUGGUGUUCAACAUACAAUCUUUGGCGGAAUGUGGGAGUUCACCACGAGGGCAGACCAUGCGGAUACUGCUUACACCAAUUUACCUCUAGCUGUCCAUAAUGAUAACACAUAUUUCACUGAAGCAGCUGGAUUACAAAUCCUGCAUUGUCUGAAGCAUGCUCAGGGCACCGGUGGUGAAACAUUACUGGUAGAUGGUUUCUUCGGGGCCCAAGAGUUGAAGAGAGAGCAUCCAGAAGAUUUUGAAUUUCUCUCAAAAUUUAAUUUGGAAGCAGAAUAUAUAGAAGAAGGACAUCAUCACACUUAUUCUGCACCUGUUAUAGAAUUGGAUAGUGAGACACAACAACUCGUUCAAAUUAGGUUCAACGUGUACGAUCGAGCUGCGAUGGCUUUCAAGAGCAGUGAAGAGUGCCGAUCAUACUAUCGCUCUUUGAGGAAUCUAGCAAAAUACUACGAAGAUAAGGGCAACCAAUGGCAGUUCAAACUAAGACCGGGUACUGUGAUGGCGAUGGAUAACUUCAGGGUUCUUCACGGUAGAACAGGAUUUUCAGGCCACAGAGUGCUUUGCGGCAGUUAUGUGUCCCGAUCUGACUGGCUGGACAAAGCAAGGAGUUUAGGACUAAUACAAUGA